AUGGAUCCAUCAUUGUUACCAGUAACGUUAAAAACUAUUCUUACGCCGUCUUCAAGUGUGCGUGAGGGAGGGUUGGCCAUCAGCGUCCAUCACAUCACAUCACUUCACUCACUAUCAGGGUACAGUACUCUAAGAGUCCGCUUUAUCUCUCCCGGAUAUCCCUUACCUCGUCUAAGACCGUCACUCUCCACCCCCGAGCCCGACCUUUAUCCACGAUAUCCGUACACCAGACCACCAGGAAUGGGAGGAGAGAGAAAUACAGUUAUCUUACCUUAUUGA